AAUAAACGAAUAAUAAAAGAGAGAGAGAAUGAUGACCAUUGAAUACGCCCGCCCAGUCAAUUUUCAACGCUGAGAGAAGCCCCCUCCCUAUAAAUACUCUCCAAACCCCUCAUCUUCUUCACAUCCCAUACACUUAAAAAAACACGUCCAUGGCUGUGUUCCCAAGGCUUCUCUUCAAGCUCCUACAACGUGUUGUCUACCAACUCUUGGCCAACUCUUGCUACACAGCAGCCAAGAAGGUGAAGCAAUAUGCCUUCUUUUUCAAACCCCCAUCUCUCAAGCCCCCCCUCCCACCGCCAUUCUCUCUCUACCCCCACGUCUCCAAAUGUAGCCUCCAAAAUAGAGCUUCCCACACUCUUGUUUCCGACUUCCAUGGCUCCCUUUUGAGGCCCUCCUCCAAAGAUUGCUCCUUUUUCCCUUACUUCAUGCUCCUCGCCUUCGAAGGUGGCAGCCUUGUCAGAGCUCUCAUUCUGCUGCUUUCUUGGCCGAUUAUCUGUCUUUUGGAUUGGGAGCCCAAAUUGAAGGCCAUGAUUUUCAUUUCCUUUUGCGGGUUACCUAUAAAAAGCAUGGCCAAUGUUAGCUCCACCGUCCUUCCUAAAUUCUAUCUCGACAAUCUUAACCUUCAUGUGUUUGAGGCUUUCCAAGCCAUUGGGUGCAAGGUUGUGUUCACGAGCGUGCCUAGGGUUAUGGUGGAGGGGUUUUUGAGAAAUUAUUUGAAAGUUGAUGAUGUUGUAGGGACAGAGUUGCAAGCUUGUGGUAACUACUUCACUGGCUUGGUGUCCGGGAGUGGGUUGGUCGUGAAGCACAAGGCUUUAGUGGAGUAUUUUGGAGAAGAAAGAAGGCCCGACGUUGGCAUUGGAGCCCCAAAUCUCCAUGACUGUCCUUUUAUCUCUCUUUGCAAGGAAGCGUAUAUUGUGAACAACGAGGACAGCAGAAGGUCGGGAAGAGAAAGAUGCCCAAAGCCACUAAUAUUUCACGAUGGAAGAUUGGCGUUUUUACCAACUCCUCUCGCAACUCUUUGCAUGUUCAUGUGGAUUCCUGUGGGGAUAUUUGUAGCCAUUUUCAGGAUCUGUAUUGGCAUCGUCCUUCCUUACAGAUUAGCCAUUUUGUUAGGGUGUUGGAGUGGGCUACGCAUAAAUCUGGAAGGCUACAACCGAAGAAGCCUUGACUCAAAGCAACACAGAUCCAAAAAGGGAGUUUUAUUCGUUUGUAGCCACAGAACACUUCUGGACCCUGUUUUUCUAAGCACUUCAAUGGGGAAGCCAUUGAUUGCAGUGACUUACAGUCUAAGCAAAUUCUCAGAAAUCAUAGCUCCGAUCAAGACGGUGAGAUUGACAAGAGAUAGAACGAAAGAUGGGGAAGCAAUGCAGAGAAUGCUAGAAAAAGGGGAUUUGGUUGUUUGUCCAGAAGGGACGACAUGUCGGGAGCCGUAUUUGUUGAGAUUCAGUCCGCUGUUUGCGGAGCUGACGGAUGAAAUCGUGCCUGUGGCUGUGAAUACGAAGGUGAGCAUGUUUUAUGGGACGACGGCGAGUGGAUUCAAAUGGCUGGAUCCCAUAUUCUUCUUGAUGAAUCCGAGGCCGAGCUACCGCAUGGUCGUUCUUCCUAAGCUUCCGAGGGAGUGGACGUGUGGGGGAGGGAAGAGUAGCUACGAGGUUGGUAAUUAUAUUCAGAGACAAUUGGCGGAUGUUUUGGGGUUCGAAUGUACUAAGCUUACAAGGAAGGACAAGUAUCUGAUGUUGGCAGGGAAUGAAGGGUUGGUUCCUCCCACACAGUGAAAACUCAAUUCCAAAAAUCCAUCCUGGGGUUUUGUUUCAUCCGUUGUGAGGGUUUGUUUAAUGCUGUUUUUAAGCUCGCCAUCGAUUUCCUCUGCUGGGAUGGAAAGAAAGUAUGCAUACAUUUUACGAAACGGUCUUACUUCCAGUGUCACCCGACUGUUUUCAUCAAGCCUGUUUUUUCUGGGUGUUCGAUGUCAUGUGACCCAGCCUACACAUUCAUUCUAGCUCCUCCACGUUCAUAUCUUGAUAGUUGAUGUCUCACGACCUAUUCCGUGAUUGUUUUUAAGCUUAUCUUCGUCAUUGGUGUCCCAUGUUCUGUUGUAGUUAAUUAUAUAUGUUAGACAUGUUCUUCCAAUA